CGAAGACCCGAUUUACCACGGUGCAUGGUCCACUGCAGACAUCCAAGGGCAAUCGGCAAUACCUGGGAAACCUGGACGUGCUGCGUUUUUCAACCAUCGGUCAGUACGUUUUGUGUGCUUAAAGUGUCUGUAAGUCGCCAAAUAGUUUCGCCGAUAUAAUCAGCCAUUCCAAAAGUCAGCGAGAGUUGUGAAACAGCAGGACGUGCACCACCUUCGCCAUCACUAUAACUGUGGCAUAAUGUGGAUAACGUGGUUCGUGAUCACUGCGAGUGCGAUGCUGUCCAUGAGGGGCGCCCACUCCAACGCCGGACUGACGAGCACGUCGUUCAGUAACGAGCUACGCACCGGUUUCGCCAGGCUGUUCCAGAACGGCAUCGAACAGCCGCUGCAGCAGUCCCAGUUCGUGCUGCUCAACCCCGCCGAAUUCCAGCCCGGCACUAGCCAGCUCGUACAGCGACCGCCACCGUUCAGCCCGCUGGCGAACACGGGAUACCAGUUACCGCGCCCUAGGUACGAGUUGCAGCAUCUGUCGUGGGUGAUUCCUUAUUAUUAUGUCCCUACCAGGUACCUGCCGCCGAGGGGUGGCAAACGACCCAACGACGUGCUGGUGAUCGUCGUCAAGACCAAAUCGAAUUGUACGGUUUCCGCGGCCAAUGGGACAGCGCCCACGGACGGUGACAACGAUGGUGAUGACGGAGAUGACGGCACCGACGAAGACGGACCAAAUCCGGAUGACGACGUCGAAGAAGUGACCAUCGUGGCUGGCGGAUCGGAGAAGGGCAAGGAACCGUCCCGGUGCGUGUGGGCCAUUCUGUCGUGCUGCGCCCCGGCCAACACGCCCAUCCGGUACACGUGUUUCGACGUGCUGGGCUGCAGCACCGCAUUCUGGGACACCAACCCGUGCGUUCCGGCCAUCAUCAAGACCGCUUUGGACCAGGCCACUCAGUACUACGAUACGACYACGUCCGUCAACCGUACCACCACGGCCGCACCCACGCCACCGGCGGUCCCGGCAGCGGCGGCCACCGACAACAUGGCCUCCCUGACGACCGGGACGUCCACUCCCGGUACUUGGUCGGCGGAUCAGACCACGCCRGCGGCCACCACCGUCGCCGCUUAGUCGUCAUUGCCGUUGCAGCAGUUUCCACGCUUCGCCGACAGUCAAUCACCGAUCAAAUAAUAUAUUAUUACAGUCGACAUUUUACGUACAACCAAAUUGAAGAUUUAACCAUAAUAAUUGGAAAAAAAAUCAGAUGGUGUACUUCUGAACUUAAUCUAACCUACCUCAACGCAGUAAGACCACAUAUUGUGAGGAAAAAAACUAUCGUACGGAAUCUCAUUUACUGUAAUUAAUAUUGUAUCAUGCAACAUGACAACGGUGAGUGAUUUGGCGCUAGUGAUCGACAUCAGUGAUGCGURCUUAGUUAUCAAAUCAAUAAUCUUCUUUCAUAAAAACUGUUUUUUCCUAUAAGUGGUGAUACCCAUUUGAGGUAGGUUUUAAUUUGUUUAAAUUUUYGAGAGUUACAUGGCUUGUAUGUAAGUUGCACCAUAUCGUUUAAUAUAAUCUGCGGAAUAAACUAAUUCAAUGGUUUAACGGAAAUCGUUCAAAAACUCUGCUAAACCGUAGAACAGCUCAAGUCAUUUGCAACUUGUCUCGCAAACCAAUACGGUUCAACAUCAAUAAUAUCAUAAAAUAUUAUAUUUAAUUGAUAUAUCUGUUAAGUGAAAUUUUUYGUGCACCAAAUAUUAGAAUAAAUUAUUGYAUACAUUUUAAGAUAGACACCGAUAAAAGCGUAUACAAUGCCGGAUCUAAGRUGYAUUAUAAUGACUUCCUAAUUGUUUUCUUAAUUUAAAGAGAAUUGAUCUUUAUGGAAAAAUGUUUUCAAAACAACUCGACGUAGAUUCUGCUUUAUUAAAUGUGCGAAACAGAUUAUAUUAUAAAAGAACAGAACGAAAAAAUUUUAUUUAGAUACUUAAUAUAAGAAUAUUAAUAACCAGCAGACGAAAYAAUUUUAAACAUUUGUUUUAUAGGCCUUCUUGUUCGCAGAGAAAACGUUUGUUGUAUCCUCACAAUCCAUUCACCGUGCAUUUUUUUGUUAUAAGUUUAUAUUUGGCACAUCACUUUGUUCUGUUGUGUAUAAAGUAAUGAACACGUUUAAAAAUUAAUACGCAGUGGGUAGGUGAAAAGAUACAUUAUUAAUACACAACUACAAGAUAGUGAYUAAAUCAUAACUGUUUAGUAUUUUUUUUUUCUUAUGGUUCGUUUCUUCUUUAAAAUUAUAAAUUCUUGGGUUUUUAAACUUAUGAAAUACACGUUCAGGUAGCCUUGUACAAGCAGCAUCCGUGACAAGAGGAACCAUCUCCCCUUUAGAUCCGGCACUCUUUUUACUAAAUACUAUAUAAUAUUGUGUGCAAUAUAAUUAAAUAUUAUUUAAGUCUCAUAUUUUUUUUAU